UUGUCUGAAAAGCACCAUGCUUGAAAGUUGGAAAUCGUAAUGCCGCAUUAAUUUUUUUUUAAAUAAGUAAAUGAUAUUCUUUUAUUAUAUGAACUUAUCUAUGCUUUUAAAUUGAUCAAUUUCUAUCUUUUCCUUCUUAAAGCAGGCAUAACCAUGAGUUUUUCUGAGCUGGAAAAUUGGAAUCCGAUGGCAGAUGAUUAUGCCAACCAAUCAUUUAAUUCAUAUACUGACUUAUUGAAUCCACAUAUUGAUCCUAAAAGUUUGUAUAUUAAAAGCAUUCCUGCUACUUUAACCAAGGAAGCCUUUUUGGAAAUUUUAACCAGAGGCGGUAAAAAAAUUAAGAGACAUCUACUUUAUCCAGCUAAGCCCAACAUGAAUGUGACUUGUGGCCUUGUAACUUAUUACAAUGAAAGGGAUGCAUUAGACACAAAAUCUUGCUUAAAUGGCAAACCUCCAUUUUACUGGAAAAUUGAAUAUGCAUUAAAUAAUACAGAGAGCAAAAAAAAUGAAUCCCCAGAUCAAAAAAAUCCUGAUAUAAAGGGAAGAGGCCGCGGUUGUCCAGUUGUCUCGGAAGCCUCUUCUGGUAAAGGUCAUUCAGUUUCCUCAGGAACCUCAAGCUUGAGUCGUUUAGCUGCAGUAGGUCGUGGUCGUGCAGCUGCUUUAGAUCCAGUACAUUCAUUAACAGUUUGCUUACAAGGAGGUCAAAGAAUUGCUUAUAAGAAUUCAGAAUCUGUGAUUAAUCUGAGAGAAAGUGCAUAUGAUCCAGAUAUGCCAAAGUUAAUUUCAAGUCAAUGUCUGUUUUGUAAGAAAAAGGGAGAGCUUUCCUGCGAAAAGUGUGGACAAACUUACUGUUCUGUGAACUGUCAACAUCAAGAUUGGCCAAACCAUAAAUCUCUUUGUAAAUCUUUGUUUAUGACAAAUUUAAAACAAAACCAAUUUGCUAAUGAUAGCAGUUAUAUGUCUGAAGGCAGCAGCUCAGAUAAUGAAAAGAAGAUGAUUCACAAUGUGUCUAUAAACCAACCUGUUAAUAGAAAUCAAAGUAUCAUGCCUCAAUAUCAAGCUCAAGAUGUAACCUCUGCUAAACCAAGAGCCUCACCAAACCGAAAUAGUGAUAAUGCAAUUCAAAGGAAAUUUAUAAAAAUCACUGAAAUACAGGAGCAAAAGCUGUCUUUGAAUAAACAAUAUAAGGUGUCUGUCAGCAAAAUUUGCAGUCCUUCCAAUUUCUGGGUACAUUUAGAUGGAGCUGAGAAAGUUUUGUAUCAGAUGGAAAAAGAAAUGACUUCACUAGUGCAGAAAAUUCCUGUAAAAUGUGCUGUAGGUGAUGUUUGUUGUACUUUUGAAGAAGGGAAAUUCUUACGAGUGGCAAUUCUAAAAGUGAUGCCAAAUUCUUCGAUUGCAAAAUAUAUUGAUUAUGGGGGAACUUCUGAUUUGUCGAAUAAUAAGCUUUAUUUUCUGCCUCAAAUAUUGAAAAAGUACCAUGCACAAGCCGUGUGCUGUAAUUUAGUGGAUGGUAUGAGCCAUGGAAAUGUUAGUUGGAAUGAAGAAGAAAUAUCAUCUUUUAAAUACCAUACUAAAAAUAAAGUGUUAAUGGGUCAUGUGCAUGGAUUCACUAACAAUAUAUAUAAUAUUGCUUUGAUGAAUGAAGAUGGAGUGUCUUUGUAUUCUAUUUUGAAAGCUGGUCAAAUGGAAGAACUAGAAGUUUUUUCUCAAUCUAAGAACUCUUUAACAACAAUUCCUUCAGUGCUAUCUAACCUGAAAAAGGGAGAUGAAGUUACAGUAGGCUCUGUUCAAUUCGAAGAGGAUACAUUCUGGGGAUUUUUGGAGAAUGGCUCACGGACUAAAGUGUUAAAAGAAUUGAGAAAUUGUCUUCAAAACGUUGAUACUGAAGAUAUAAGUUUGACCUGUGAAGAAGGAGAUAUUGCUGUUGGGUUUUCACCUAGUUUGAAUCAGUUCUAUCGUUGUAUCGUUUUAAAGAGGCUUCGUAAUUGCUUUCUUGUUCGUUACAUUGAUUAUGGAAAUACAGAAAGGAUUACCAAGUUGCAAUCUAUAAGCCCAAUGCUUUUACAGAAAAAGUCAUAUGUUAUUUGUUGCAAAAAACCAACCAUGUGGUCUAUUGAUGAUAUGAAACGUGUUUUUGAAGCAACACGCUUAGUUACUGUGAAAACUGUUAACAGUAUGUCUGCUGAACUAUCAUUCAGUUACAAAAAUGGACCAGUAGUUAUUUGUUGCUAUCCAUGGUAUCAUGGAACUACAAUUGCACCAUUAACAAAUUCAGCUUCAAGCACAUCAUCUUCAAACUCCUCUAAAUCACUAGGACCAAAAAGCAAUAUCAGAUGCUCUCAGUCUCCAAGGCAAAAAAUCUCUCUGCCUCCAAAAAAACUUCCAUCAAAAGCUGAAAUCCCCCCAAAAUCAGUAAUUACGAAGGAUCUGAUAUCUGAUAAAGCAUUAAAUGAAGCUUCAAUGUAUGAAGUAAAUAUAGUUUGGAUGAAAGAUGUUUCCGAAAUUUAUGUCCAGUUAAUUGAGGAUGAAGAUGCUAUUGAGAAGUUAUCCUUAAAUAUAAAUAAAUAUUGCAAUUCUGAUCCAUGCUCUCCAUAUUCACCAAUUGUGAAUGAAAUAGUGUGUUGUAAAUUUGAAAGUGAUUCACUUUGGUAUCGAGCACAGGUGACUGGGAAGAGUAAAGACAAAUGUAAAGUGUUUUUCAUUGAUUAUGGUAAUGAAGCUGAGGUUUCUAUCAAUAAUAUUAAGCAAUUACCUCAGAAAUUUGCUGUUCCUAAACUCUCAUUUUGUGUUUCUCUCUAUAAAAUAAAAAAUGAAGACAUGAAUAAAGAAUUACUUGAUAAAUUCAUGAAAGAAAAAUGGUCUAUGAAGGUCUUGAAGAAUUCUAAACAGCAAACACCUACAGAAGUAAUGCUUUAUUUGAAAGGAAUACCUUUGACUGAAAUAGUGGGAAGGAAAAAUCAUUCAAAGACCUUGCUACAAUUUCAAGAAUUGCCUGCAGGUAUUUCCGAUAUAGUGAUUUCGUAUCAUGAAGUUGAUAAGAUUUAUGUUCAACAGCUAAAGGAUUUACAAAAUCUUUUAUCUUUGCAAACAAAGAUAGAAUCUCUGGUCAAAACAGAUGUUUCAAAACCUGAAAUUGGCAAUGUGUACUGCUGUCUUUCUAGUGAUGGGUGCUGGUACAGAGGACUGGUUAAAGAAAUAUCCUCCAAAUCAAUUCUAGUUAAUUAUAUUGAUUUUGGUAAUGAUGAAAAUGUUUCAAUCAACAAUUUAAAAGAACUGCCGGGUGAUUUAUUUUCUCAUCCAGUGUACUGUGUUCCAAUUGCUGCUCAGAAUUCGAAGCCAAAAUUUAACCCAGAAACAAUUUUUUCAGUGGAAGUGAUUGGUAAGAAAGAUGGGGUGCAAUCAGUGAAGUUUUUGAGCAUCCCACAAAACGCUGAAAACCCCAAAUUGUAUGAUUUAAAAAAAUUGUCUCUAGAAGAAGGGGUUAAUGAAGUAAAGAUUUCAUUUUGUGAGAAAGAGAUAUUUUUUUGCCAUUUAAAGAAUCAUUUUUCAGAUUUUGAUGCCUUGGUUAAAAAAUUAACGGAAGCUAAGUUGGAACCUCUCCAACAGGCUCCUGCUAAAGAUGAUUUAGUUUGUGCUAAAAGUAGUGAUGGUUGCUGGUAUCGUGCAUCAGUACAAAACAUUUCUGAAAAGGACUUAAAAUAUAAAGUAUUCUUUAUAGAUUAUGGCAAUUGUGAAGAUGUGACAUUUGAAAAUAUCCAAUGCCUUUCUAAAGAUCUUCUUGAUUUCCCUGUGUUUUGUGUUCCUGUUAAAAUUCUGAACAUUGAAAAGGCCAAAAGUGACUUUGAUUGGAAUUCUGUAUUUUCAGUUAAAACAGUUGGUUUUUCGAAUGAUAAUGUGCAGUUAGUUGAAUUAAUACUUCCCUCUAAGGCAGUCUUACCAAAAUUGAAUUCUUUAAAAAAACAGUUACUUCCAACUGAUAAAGAGAUUAAAGUUUCUGUAUGUAGUGCGAACGAUAAAACAUUUUAUGUGCAGCUUACAUCCUCAAAAGAACUCCUUACCACAUUAGAAGCAAAAUUAAUGAAAGCUGCUGAAUUCAAAGAUCUUUCUGAUUUGCCUGAGAUUGGUGAUGUAAUAUGUGCUAAGUAUAAUAAGGAUAUUUGGUGCAGAGGAUCUGUAGAAAAAGUCUUCGCAGAAAAGCAAUCCUGUGAAAUUUGUUUUAUCGAUUAUGGUAACUAUGAAGUUAUUUCAUUAGAAAAUAUGAAAUUCCUUCCUAUUUUGCUCUGUACAUUCCCUGUGUUAAGUGUUCCUGUUAAAUUCAGGAACAUUGAAAAACUGCAAGAAAUUGCAGCAUCUGUUUCCAACAUUGAGUUAAUUGAUUUUCCUGUUAGGGUUAUUGAUUCAUCUGAUGAAACUUUCACUGUUGAUAUUGCAAUUCCAGAAGAUGAUAUUCAAAUUCCAUUCAUUGAAAGUGAAAUGCUUCCAGAAUCGCCUGUUGAAGUUGUAACCGUUUAUCAGGAGGAUGAUGUAUUUUAUGUACAAAGAGUUUCUAAUGCUGAGAAGCUGCAGGAAAUGACGAUUGAUCUGCAGGAUCCCAUCUUUUUGAAGAAACUUCUUAGUUAUCCUAAAGUUGGCGAGCUCUGUAAUGUUAAACAUGAUGGUCAGUUUUAUAGAGCUGUUAUUAAAGAACAAAUUUGUGAGAAUAAAUUUAAAGUUUUCUUUGUGGAUUAUGGCAAUCUUGAUGUUGUUGAAUCUGCAAGUAUCUAUUGCAUUCCUCCCAAAUAUUCUUCUGUUCCUGGAUUAUGUACAGCCGUCAAAUUUGACGAACUGGUUGAUGUUAAAGUUUUAAAACCUGGUGAAAUUUAUAUUAUAAAAUAUACUGGCAUAUCUAAUGACAAUGUUCAUGUUGUAAAACUUUGUCUUUCUGAUAACAAAGUUCCAGUUUCAUCUAUAAAACAGAAUAAUUUCGACAAGAUUAUGGAAAAUGCAAACACAUUUGAAAAAACUGCUGACAAUGCUUUUCCAAUCAUUGAUAAUUUCAAGCGGUAUAUGCUUGCUUCUCUUACUCAGCAAAGACUUCCAUUAAAUGAACUUAGAAAUGUUAUAUUCUAUCAUCAAGAGGAUGAUAUCUUCUUUUUGCAAGAAGUAAAUGAUACUCCUUUAGUAGUUGAUGUUCAAACUGAAGUAAGGAGGCAUGCUUCAUCAGAUCCCUUAUCUCAUAAUCCUGUUAUUGGUGAACUAUUAUGUGCAAGAAGUGAAGCAGAUGGUUCAUGGUAUCGAUGUUGUGUUGAAGAAAUGGUGGCUUCUGAGACAUGGAGGAUAAGAUUUAUUGAUUAUGGCAAUGAUGAAAUUGUGAUACGAGAAAAUUUGCGAUCAUUUAUUGGUGUAUUAGCUAUGUAUCCAUCUUUUGCUAUUCCUGUGCGAAUUAUUGAUAGCGAAUGUGCUAAAUCAACUGUAGAGCUUGGUAAGGUGUAUUCUGUUGUAGCUGAGAGUUCAGAAGGUACUGUACAGUUGGUGAAGUUAAUGCUUCAAGAUGAUUCUCAUACUCCUUCAGAGAAUAUUCCUAGUAUUGAUAAUAAUACAAACUCUGAAGUCACAGAAAUGUGCCAUAAUCCUUCUGAUAGUGAAAUUUCUUCAGUAAAAGAAUUAUACAUAUCUACUAACACAAAUCCUGAAGACAAAUACUUCUACAGCACUACUGAUUAUGUGCAGUUUCCUGAUGGAGAACAAGACAUUAUUAUUUAUUCUGUGAAUGAAGAAUGCCUUUUAUUCUGUGCCCCUUUCAAUCCUGAUGCUAUUAAAGCAAAUCUUGAAUUAGCAGGAGAAAUAACAGAGUACUGUGAAAAUCUUGAAAUUUCUACCUUUAAUAGACACUCUUUACCAGAAUGGGAUGAAUUAGUGUUAGCAAAAUAUGAUGAAGACAAACAGUGGUACAGAGCUGUAAUUGUAGAUAAUCAAUUUCAUCCCUUCUAUGAUGUCAUAUUUGUUGAUUAUGGAAAUGCUGAAAGAGUUUCUAUAGAUUCUAUAAGGAAAAUGGAGAAGGAUUUCAUGUCAUUACCAAUACAAACUCAUUUGUGUUCAAUAACAGGCUUUACCAUUAAUCCGAAUUCAUUACUCAAUGUCAUCCAAGAACUGAACACUUUUGGAGUCUCUGGAAAUGGGAUACCUCUAAAAGCAUCUGUAACGUCAGAAGGAGAAGAAAAGUUUGUCAAUAUACCUGAGAUUACAGAACAUUUGCUGGAAAAGAAACUGGUUACAGUUUUAAAAGAAGAAUAAUAAAAAAAAACAUUUGUUGAAUAUUUAUGUGUUCAUUUCAUGAUCAUUCUUUUAAAAUUUGUAUUCAUUUUGUAAAUAAAUUGCUUGGA